GCCGAGGAAUCUGAAGAAAGGGAAAGGCGGAUACAGAGGAGGAGAUUGCGAGACCACACCAAUGUAAUGGAACUACCUGAGACUGAAUUUGUUGCAAAUUUCCGAAUCAAUAAGGAAAUAUUCCAGUACAUUUUAAAUGAAUUACAAGAGCAUAUGGCUCCAUCACAUAGAAGCACCCACCUAUCGCACCAGCUGAAACUCGCGACUUUUUUAAGAUUUCUGGCCACCGGCAGUUACCAAAAAUCUGUUGGUAACGAAAAUAUUUCGUCGAUGGGGCAGUCAACUGCAGCCAAAGUGAUUAAGGAGUGCCUAAAUAUUUUUGAGGACCACUUUUGCCAGAAAUGGGUGAAUUUUAGGAGAAACAACGAUGAGGAAAAUGCUGUUAAAGAAUAUUUCUUUGAGAAAUACGGAAUACCUGGGGUCAUUGGUUGUGUUGAUGGAACACACGUUCGUAUUAAGUCGCCAGGAAGUGACAACCACCAUCUAUACCUCAACCGCAAGGGUUUUUACAGUGUUAAUGUAAUGGCGAUAUGCGAUCACAACAUGGUCAUUACAUUUGUUGACGCUAGGCAUCCAGGGGCGAAUCAUGACUCAUUUGUUUGAUUUGAACGGUGCUGGAUUUCAAUAUAACAAUGCCAUUGAUUAUAGUUUGCAUAAAUUUGUGGUUAUUGGCGCAAUGGACAAAAUAUGUCAAUAUUGUAAUGCAGUGAAAUUUAAAACUGAACCUCCUGGAA